UUUCAGUAAUAAACAGAUGGAUGUUUUAAAGGCUGAAAUUGAGCGUAAACGAAAGCAAUUUGAGGGAAUUAAGGCUCCAGAUAAGAAGUAUUUGAAACGCAGCGAAUUGCUCCAGAAGGAGGAAGAGAAGAGUCGGGAGAGUUACCAAGCAAAACAGCAAACAGUAGCAUUGGUUGCUGCAACUGUUGCGAAAAAUGGAGGUUCGAUACGGACCGAAAAUCAACCGAAGGAAUUGCGCACUGAACCGGAGUUGAACUGUGAUGAUUUGCCACGAACAGAUGUCAUUAAAAGACUAAGGAGUCGGAGUCAACCGAUUACGUUGUUUGGUGAAACAGAACAAGAGUCUCGAGCUCGGCUUCGUAAACUUGAAAUCGAGCAACCCGAUAUGAAAGAAGGAUGGAAAAAUGAUUUCCAGUCGGCAAUGAAAGAGGUUGACCAUGAACUGAUAGAAGAAGUUAUCAAAGGAGAGCAGUAUAACGCUGGUAAACACGAUGUUGCUAUGCCAAACUCCACAGGCGAUACUAAUUGGGAAAGGAUAGAAGCUAAUGCUCAAUUACUAGGUGAAGGCGAUAAUCCGAAUAGAGACUGUGAUGUUAUUCGAGAAUUCUUCUCUUACAUAUUAACUCGGUGGGGUAAAGCAUUGAAUGCUCGCGAUGAAGUUGAAAAAAGAUCAGCAGAAGGUAAAUUGGCGGCAACGAUGCAUAAGCAAACAAUGGAACAUCUUCGUCCGUUGAUGAAAAAUCUGGAGAAACACAAUGUAAAUGCUGAUAUUCGACAACAUUUGAUCAAAAUUUGUCGUCUCAUCAUAAUUGAUCGCGAUUAUAUCCGAGCAAAUAAUGCAUACAUGGAAAUGGCAAUAGGUAAUGCUCCAUGGCCUGUGGGUGUGACAAGGUCUGGUUUGCAUCAGCGGCCUGGCUCGGCAAAAGCUUAUGUUUCAAAUAUAGCCCAUGUACUUAAUGAUGAGACACAACGGAAAUACAUACAGGCUUUUAAAAGAAUAAUGACUCGAUGUCAAAAAUAUUUCCCAACAGACCCUAGCAAAUGCGUGGAAUAUGUUCGAGGAACAGAAACAGCAGCAGCAAACUGAUCUCACCUGUUAUGCCUAUUUCAUAUAGCUGUCUAGUGUAAAUAAAAAUUAUUUACAA